AUGCAUAUCCUCAACUUCCUCCUUCUCCUCCUUCUCCCCCUAGUCCCAGCGAGCAUCUCAGCUGCUGCUGUGGACCGAAUCGUGUACACGCCGGGACACAGCGGAGACACCAGCAACACCUCGCCGAACCUCGUGCGCCGAGACGACGUAACCUGGGGACCCGAUGACGAAACUCAAGACGCCUGCGACUCCGACCAGACCCCCGAGAAGACCGAGGGCAGCGAGUUCCUCAAGCCCGACUGCCUGGACAUCAUCAAGUUCAACCAGCGGUUUGGCCGCUACACCAUCAGCGGCUACACCGGCGGCAAGUGGGCAAAGAUCAACGUCAAGGACACGUGCUGUGUCGCGGUUGCGAGGAAGGAUGGCUCCACGAAUGAUUUCGAGGUCGGCGACAUGGAUAUCAGGGAUGUCAUCAAUACGGCGAUGGGGCUGUACUCGGACAUCUUCAAGAUGAAGUCUGUUACGGGCGCGGCGACGUGUGAUGCUGCUGACACGUCGGGCAACGAUGUGCCAAUCAAGUGGAAGGUUGUUGAUCCUGAAGAUCUUGGUUGA